AUGUUCGUGGCACUCGGACCUGCCAAACUAGGCCUUGACCGGCGGCUUGGAGCCCCUCGAGUUUCAAACCGGUUGAGGACGUUAAGGCUGUCGUUCGCGGAACGCGUGGAGCGCAGCUUGCGGAGAAAGUUUCCUGCCGACUCGGUCGCCCGUGUAAUCCAAGCUUGGCGACAAAUUCAAAGAGGCGAGAUGCUUCGCGAGGAUCAGAGGGAGGCACAUAGCUAUAUUCGAGGACUUCGCACUGCCAGGUUUUUUGAUAACGCCGAGUUUCCCUGGGCGGCUGCUCUCGAGAGGAACUGGGAGACCAUCCGCGACGAACUGCGGCACUGGGAAACGCGACGCCAGGAGCUCGAGGCGCUUGGCUCGCAAGUUUGGGUUACUGCAGCUCGAGCGGAGGCCGUUGCCUAUGGCCCGGACUGGCGCACCCUGGUUCUGCAGGAUAGACGCUGGCAUGACGACAACUGCAAGCUCUUCACCAAAACGACAAGAAUUAUUCGGGAUUGCGGUGUGCCGUCAGUCGAGGCUUUUUUUGCCAGGCAAGCACCCCAGAGCGGCAUCAAGCUUCAUUCUGACGGAUGCAACUUUAUUUUGACAGCGCAUUUGGCACUUCAGGCACCGCCACGACAGUCAUGGAUUGCAGUUGGCGGCGAGCGCCGUUUCUGGGAAGACGGGAAGGUGCUCAUUUUCGAUACCAGCUAUCUCCAUGAAACAUAUAACGAGAGUCAAGACUCUGAUCGGUACGUUCUUUUGUUGCGUUUCUGGCAUCCUGAAACAACUAGAGUAGAGCGCGAGGCCUUGCAGUACAUUUUUGACGUGGUCGACAACCCGUCGUGGGUCGAUCGAGACCUGAAUGAUCUGGGAGCAGGUCUCGAUUCCUCGCUCGUAGAAGAUUGGAUACAGCGUCCGAAUAGGAAGGCGCGGCGUGGCACCGGCGGCAAAGACCGCAAGGACCGCACGUUAAAUCCGCCCAGGGGUUUCGGUCGCUCGGAAUGA